AUGGAGGACUCAGACAUAAGAAAUGAGAUUGGCAUGCUGCUGUCCAGGGCCAACGAGCUCUGGCAGCGUGUGGCCAGUAGCGACAGCAAUACACCCACUACAUCCAGUACCAGUCCGGCAAGUGACGUAAUCGCCGAGCACCGAGCUCUCUUUGGAACUUCUCGCGGUGUAAAUGAUCAACGUCAAAGACGGAUUCAGACUGAAACUCAGGGUGAUCAGCAGCAGCAGCAAUUUGCACCAGUACGAGGGCUGUCAAGACAACAAAUACAACAAAGAAGGAGGCGUAGACGGCCCAAUCCACAUGAAGAGCUGUGCAAGUCAGAAAAAGGGAAAACAUUCUCAAAAACGAUUAUUGUACUCAAUGAACCCAAUGUGGAUUAUAGUCCAACAGGAGAAUAUCGGACAAGACUGAUAAAAAACCACCUCUGGAAAGAAAAAGUUAAGCUUCCAUGUGGUGGAUCAAAGGAUGAUUUGCAAGAAGUAUUGUUAACCACAUUUAGGCAACUAGCUGGAAUCGGCAGCAUUGAGCUGCUGAAAGCUGCUGAUGGUUCCAGGACCAAGCUUGAAGUUUUUUCGUCCGGAUUCUGCGAGUGCGAUAUGCUGAAAAUUGUUACAUCUGGUCGCAUUUAUAUUCGACCAAUCCAGAGAAACAUCACACUGAAGGAACCUGAUGAUGAAGUAGUAGAAUAUGACACUUGCCUGAGCUGUCAUAGAUUGGUAAAAGUUACAGAUCUCCGUAGACAUAUUGAAAAUGAUUGCCAAGAAUCAGACGAGAGCAGUGAUGAUGAGCUCGAGGCUGUAAACUUCAACACCAACAGGACAACAAUUAUUCCAGAUGAGGAUACAGAGGAUGAAAGCACACAGCCAACAGAAAUUAGAGCAACUGCAAGUGAUGACACUGCUGCAAGUGACGACAAUUUGCCUAGAUCAUUCCCACCAACAAGUUCUCCUUCCAUUGAGGGACCUACUGAUCCCAUUUCAAACUUGGAGACACAACAGGAAGAGGAACCCUUAGGCAAAGGCACCAUUUCACUCUGUGUAAGAGAAACGGUGGCUGAAAUGGAAUCUUGCGAUGACCCAGUCACAAUUCUCAGGGCCUUCACCAAGAAAUAUUUAAUGGGUCGCCCUAUUGAUGUUGAGCAGGAAGACGAGUUCUGUGAAGGAGACACAACAUUAGUCCACGUUUCUCGCUCUACUAUCUUUGAAGAUGGUAUGGAAAUCCUCACAGAUUCAACUGUCAACUAUCGCCUGCCAUUGGAGAUAGUAUAUUAUGGGGAGGAAGCAGUUGACCUUGGAGGUCCUAGAAAACAGUUCUUGACCUCAAUGUUGCACACCAUAAAAGAUAGAUUAUUUGAAGACGGUGAAGAUGGUAAAGUUUUACUUGUUGGAAAUCCUUACCAUCAACGUAAAAAUCAUUACCUUGGUGCUGGGAUACUUUUUGCAUUAAGUAUUCUUCAGCAUGGACCUUUACCAGCAUUUCUCUCCAGUAAACUUGUACAGAAGAUUUUAGGGACGUGUGAUCCAGAAAGUAAAGACGAAGAAGAGUUUGUAAGAGGUCUUGCUGCAACAGGAAUCCUAGAGCUGAUAAGGAAAAAACCAUGUCUACAAAUGGUAUUCAUCAAGUCGUCCGUUUCUCCCCUUACAUAUCGAGAGAUAACAAAGCUGUUAAAACCAAAUUUCUCAGAAGAUGGUUCUAACAAACGUAGAUUGGAGGAAGCAGCCUACAGAAGUUUCCUCCGCUACUUAAGCGAUGUUUCUGCUGGUCGUAGGAAAACCCAAGAUGAACGCACUGUCUUCCUUGAGAACAUUCUGGCAUUUGUGACAGGAUCACAAACAGUUCCUUUAUUGGGUUUUGUAAAAGAGCCUAGGAUUGAGUUUUCACUGCAAAACUUACCAACCUCUCGAACCUGUAUCAAUGUCUUAUACUUACCUACAGACCUUCCCAACAAUUUGCAAGCCAUAAUGGAAAUGUAUGAUGAAUGUUUUAUGAGCGAUUAUUUUGGUGUUUCCUAAAAAAAUAGUUAAGUCUUAAAGUUCAACUGUCAAUUUAAAGGCAUGUUUAUAAAAAAUGAUGGUAAACCUGUUAUUGUGUAAUAAAGUGUCAAAAAUGGAAAUAAAUUUUAUAGUUAGUCAGAUUUAAUCACUCACUGCUUGUUUCAGCAUAUAUGCAACACUUAUAACACAUUUUGAGGAAAAUAGAUUAGCCAAUUGUCUUGAAAUUCACAAGUGAUCAUUGUUACUGAAAUACAGAUUGAGUUUGGAAAAUAAGCCAAUCAGUUAAGUUUUGGUGAAGUGCCUUUUUUGUUUGUUUUUUUUUUUCCUCAAAUUAA